AUGCCCUACAUAAUCGGCCUAAACAGCGGCUCCUCCUUCGACGGCAUCGACGCCGUCCUCUGCACAAUCUCAACGGGCGAAGACGGCCACCCUACACCCCCCAAAUUCAUCGACGCCAUAACGCGCGACUGGCCCGAAGACCUACAAUCUGCCAUCCUACGCGCCUUCGAAAACAACCUCUCCAUCUUCGAACUCACCCGCGUGAAUUACGCCGCUGGAGCACUCUAUGCUGAAAUCACAAAUGCCCUCCUGACCAAAACAGGCUUGACGCCCGGAGAUAUAGAUGUGGUCGGAUAUGACGGGCAGACUAUAUACCAGGAGCCGCCAGACAGGGCUAAAAUGGGCGAGAACAAUAAAGAGAGUCUGGUCGAACGCUGGACAAAUGGAUCCUACCCCUGCGGCCUGUUCAUCGCAGAAUCCGGCGUGGUUGCUGCACUAACAGACAUCACGACGGUCACACAGUUCCGACCCGUUGACCAUGCCCUAGGUGGAUCUGGUGCGCCAUUAAUGCAGUAUCUGGAUUUUGUUGCAUUCAGGAAUGACCCAGAAGGAAAAGCAACGGCAACAGCAACGCUGAAUAUCGGCGGGAUAGCGAAUCUGCAGCUCGCGCAUAGAGACAGGUCGAAGAUGUUGGCGUUUGAUACGGGGCCUGGGAAUGUGAUGAUUGACCAUUUUAUGCGGGUAAGGUGUAAUGCCGCGUAUGACAAGGAUGGGCAGGUUGCUGCGCAGGGAACUGUUCUAGAAAAUCUACUGGAGCAGUUACUAGAAGAUGCAAAGGGAUUCUUCAGCAGAUCUCCACCGCGGUCAGCGUGGAGGUUGGAUUUCGGGUCCGAGUAUGCGGAUCGGAUCCUUCAGGCGUACGCGUCCAGGAAAACAGAAGAUCUCGUGGCGACUGUUACCAUGUUCACGGCUGUUUCUGUGGAGAAGGCGCUGGUGGAGUUUGUGCUGCCUCGAGCAGAAGAGCUGGGUGGGUUGACGAGGGUGAUUGUCAGUGGAGGCGGGACGAGGAAUGGGACGCUGAUGAGGUUUCUGUCUGAGAGAUUGGCAGGGCAUGGGGUGGAUGUGUGUCUGAGUGAUGAGGUGGGACUGCCGGCGGCGUAUAAGGAGGCGAUCAAGUUCGCGACGCUGGGGUUUGCGGCGAAGAGAGGCCUUGCAAAUAACAUUCCUAACGCGAGUGGUGCACAACGAUAUGCGGUGCUGGGGAAGAUGACUCUUGCGCCGGGGGUGGCGAGGGUAUAG